AUGCCAUCACCGGUGAUACAUUGUGUAUUAUGUGAUCGACGGGAAAGAAUAGCCCGUUCAAAAUUGACUAUCAUUACCACUGUUGAACGAGAACAAAAAGUUUAUGAAGGAUAUCAAAAACGUUUUGGUCAACCAUUGAAUUAUUCAUUACUUAAUAAAACUGUUCAUACAUCAUGUUACAAAAGAAUUACAGUACGUUUAAAACCAUUAUCUAAUAGAAGUAUAACUAGUCCACAUAAAUGUAUUCCAUAUGAUAACUGCUGCAUAUCGAUGUUAACAAAUGAAUCGUCACAUGAAUGUUCAUCUAUCGCUAUUGAACGAAAUUCUUUUGAUUUACAUGAACCAGUUGGUGUUAAUGAAAAUUUAAAGAUUGACUUGCCAAUGGUUGAUAAUAGUUGUGUUCUCUCGUCGAAUGGCGAGAACGAUGAUUUGAUUUCAUCAAAUCAGUAUACACACUCUUUUGAUACUUCCAAUCAAUUACAUAAUCGACAACCGUUUAUUGAUCGAACAAACGAAGAUGUAUCUUUAUCACCUCCAGAUAUUAACUACUGCUCAACAAUAGCGAUUGGUUUUACGUCUUCACAAUUAAAUGAUGAGAGUGUGGUUCAAAACGGAACAAUUAAUGGAAACAAAAACACAUUUAACAUGGAUUUGCCAACGAAUACAUCGAGCGAACAGUCGAAAUAUUUUACUGAUCAUAGUAAUUCAAAUAAUAACGAUGUGCAUAUAUGUCCAGUAAUCGUUAUGACACCAGAGAGAAGUGAACCAAUGGAUUCUACUCAUUAUUAUGAAAGCAACAACUUCCAACAAAAUUGUAUACAUCUUGAUACUUCAACAAUUAAUUAUACAAGUGAAAGAUGUAUCACAUCUACUGCUUCAUGUCAACCAUGUCAACAUGGCCGUUUUAAAAGGAAGCUAAAAAAAAAAGUAGUAAAACAAAUACAACGUGAACAAAAUUAUAACGUCUCAAGUUCCCGUCGAUCAUUUCGAAUCAAAUCAACAUUUAAAGUAGCUACACCGAAUCCACAAACUAGUGAUAUAUCUCGCCUUUUUUCAACUUCUUUCGAUGAAUUAUGCAGUUGGCUAAUAGAAAUUCUCAAUACUGGUGUUAUUAUGUCGAUUGUUGAUGUUAGUUGUGAAUAUAAAACUAUUUGCCAACGGCGUAAAGAAACACUAAAACCAAACAUGCUUCGCACAUCAUCAAUUCAAAGUCGUCUCAUUCAUAGAUAUGGUGACAUGCUGCACUUUGAGAAGCGCAGCAAUAAUGAAGGUAUUUUCGUUGGAUUAUCUGAUCCCUCUGUUUAUAUACGAUGUGCUUUGUCAAAGCCUAGUAUCUGGCAACGAGCAGAUACUACUGAUCCUCAAAGACAAGAACAAUUAUGUGAAAGAUUUAUAGAUCUUAUCGAACAAUUUCGAAGCUCACUUAAAAAUAAUCUUCAUAUUAUUAAAUCCAUAAAGUAUGAUGAAUCUUCAUUAGCUAACUUUGAUUCUGAUUUAUACUGGGCAUGUAUACCUCUUUUAUUAAAAAAUUUUAUUGGUAUGUUGACAUUGAACGAUGAUAAAUUCUCCAAAAUGAAAAACGAAUAUGAAUUCUAUGAUAUUCAAACAAAGGAUCUUUUUAAUAACUCUGCCAAAUGGUUGAAGAUAGCCUCAAUUUGUUAUGAUUUAAUAUAUACAAGUAGUAGUCAUAAUAUUACUCCUAAACAUUAUUUACUUGGUAAUGAACUUUAUCGACAUGGAAGAUCGGAGCAAUUAUUGAAUAUCACAAAUAGACUUGGUUAUACUUCAAGUUACAAGUCGAUCGUUCGAUUACAUACUGAAGCUGCAGAAAGAUCACGAAAAGUAUCGAGACCGUUUUUCUGCACUGGUCAAUAUUCUAGUUCAUUCGAUCACAAUUUUGUUGUCAAGGUAGCCGAUAACUUCGACCUUAAUCCUGAUAGGUUACAUGGAAAUAAUAGUAUACACAUUCUCAAUCAAAUAAUUAUAUCAACACCAGAAAAUAAUGAACUUCCAAUAGUAAUCGCUGAAUGUCUCGAUGAUAUAGUCCAUAGAAUAAUUGCUUUAGUAUCUAUUAUUGAUGCUACUCCAAUUACAACUUGCCCUUCUUUCUCCGACAAAAUGUUCAUUAAUCAAGCACUUGAUUUACCUAUGUUAGCGUAUUGUUUGAUUAAAUUCGCGAAUGAUACCACACGUGUCUCAUUCAAUUAUCUAUCUCCAUUGAUACCUCGUUUAGUUCCAAUUUUGUCAGGAUUUUUUGCCACUUACUUAAAUUUUGAAACGAGACCUCUACAUCUCGUUUCAUUUAUGACACCAAUCACCGAUGAUCCUAGUUCAGAAUCAGCAGCAAAAAAAUGUCUUGAAGAAACGAAACAAUUAUUUAUAGAUUCCAUAGUACGUCAUUUCAAUAGAAGUUUACGAUGCUGUAAACUUUUAUAUACAGCAUUGCACGUGCUAUGUAUUGAAGCCUUUUUCGAUCAAACAUCAAUAUCAUUAUCAACUUCUGAUUGUAUGAAAAAUUUAAAGUCAGUGAUGUUACAGAUACCAUCAGAAUAUGCAUCGGAUGAUAUUUCUCAAAAAUGGUUUGCGCAACUACUUCAAAAGAUUGAACAAAGUGAUUUUUCAACUUAUUUUGAUGCUUGGGCUUUUAAUUCUAGUAAAGCUAACUCCACUUUUCGUUUAUGGUACUUUAUACUUCAUCGAAUUCUUAAACCUAUUCUUCAAUUAUACAUGUCAAUACGUACAUGUAAUUUCGAAGCAAGAAAUGCUGCAUUAUAUCAGUUCGCCCCCAUAUUCUUCACAACAAGUCAUCGUAAUUAUAGUCGGCUCGUGGCACAACACUUGUACGAUUUACAAUCAGCAUCACCAUAUUUACUUUCACGCAUGGCACGAUCUUUUGCAGUAACUCGUUCACAACGAAAGUUCUCUAGCAUUGCUCUCGACCAAACUAUCGAGUGCACUAUUAAUAAAUAUGGAAAGGGUUCGGGAGGUAUCAAUGGUCGACAAGAUGAACAAUCCAUCAGUAAUUGGACACACUCAUUCGCAUUUCGAUCACUUUUGUCUUCUACUCUUCACGAAAUAUGUGGUAUUGAAACACAUCGUAAUUCCAUUGAUUCACACAUAGAGUGUUCACCAAAUAGGAAAGCUGUUGAUGACCAAGAUUUAUCUAUCAUUGUGAAAUUACUCCGUAAUGAAAAUAUAUUCACAAGUACAAACAAAAAAUGUCACAAGAUUUUAUCAGGACUUAUCAUACAUGAUGAUAUUAUUGAAAACAUCACGUCAUCAUAUGAACGAGGUGAACAAUAUUUAUCAAUCUAUAUUAAUGAGCGGCUCGUACACAAAAAGGUUCCUAUCGACGCGCCACUUAGAACUAUACCGUCGCUCAAACUGAAAGAUGCUAAUACUUAUGUACCUAACAUCGAUGGUCAAUUGAAUAAUAAACGUGGGGUACUUGCAAACAUCAAAGAUUACAAUCAUUUGGCGAAAAUUGCAGACCAUGAAAUUCGUCGUAUAGUUCUCAUAGCACAACAAAGAAACCUAAAACCAUUAUCUCAAUUUUUUUCUUUUGAAUUUUCUCCUGUUCCUCUAUCUCUUUGUGAUAGUCAAAAUAUAGAUUUACUUAAUCAGCAGACAAAAGCAACGGUUAUUGACAUUUUAAAUAACCAUUUUUCAUCAUCUUUUUCGUCCUCAUGCUCAAUCUCGACUGGUCAAAGUGCUAUCGUAAUUGAUGGUCGUAUUUUAUUUGAAACAAAACCAAACCCUGAAGUAAAAACAAUAAGAGAUUAUGCAAUUCAAUUGUUGGAAAAUGAUAUACGAGAUUUAUUUUAUAUACAUGAUCGAAUUGACGUGAUAUUCGACUCAAUGAAAGAGAAGAAUCUGCAACAAUUUAGUAAGAUACAAGACCAUCGUUGCGAGAAAAAUAUUUAUCAGCUAAGAGGUGAUGACAAAAUUGAAACAUCAUUCAAGAAAUUUGUUCAAUCUAACCCAGUCACUCUUGCACGAUGUAUAUGUACUUGUUGGAUGGAAUCUGAAUUGAUUCAACGUUUACCACCAGGACGUCUACUUGUAGUAGGUAGACCUGAUUUAACAGCUGUAAAGUUGAAAAAAGGAGAUGCUCCUGAACCAGAUUAUCUUCUAGAAACAAAUCAAGAUCAAUCUCGUACGAGAAUCUUAUUACAUACAAACUCAAUUAGUUUAGAUCAAUACCAAAAGAAAGUCUUUAUCAACACAACAGAUACUGAUAUUGUUUUACUUGCGAUUGCAUUUGGCUCCAGUAUCAUUCUUCAGCAUCUUGUUAUUAAAUUAAUGAAUAUUCGAACACAGAAAAUUACUUACAUUGAUGCUAAAUCUAUUGUAUCUAACCUUCGCCAAUCAGCUAUCGAUCCAAUAUGUUUUAUUGUUCUUCAUGCACUUUCUGGAUGUUCUGCCACGUCAUUCAUUAGGAAUAUCACAAAAGAAAAGGUUUUCAGUUGUUUCUUCAAUAAUCCACAGCGAUAUGCUUCUAUUAAUAAAUUAAAUUGUAUUCCACCACCUGAUGAAUCUAUUGCUGCUUGUGAACGGUUAAUUAUUAAUUGCUAUUCUUUUGGUAAAGCUGUAAGAUCACUUGAUGAACUUCGUGCAGUUAUGGCUGAUAUUCGUAUAAAAAAUCGAGCUCGUACUAACAUUGCUUCAUCUUUACCACCAUCAACAGCAGCAUUUAAACAACAUUGCCUAAGAGCUGCAAGGCAAGUAAAAAUAUGGAUUGAUUGUUUUGAUUCUUACCCGAUAGCACCACCAAUGCUUAAUUCUGGAUAUGAAAAUACUGAUAGUGAUAGUAAUUUUAAAAUUAAAUGGACUGAUCUUCCUGAAAAACCUUAUGAUCCUCGACUUGAUUCAUGUGGUGAAUGCAAAUCGAAUUGUAAUCGUUUUCUUGCACCAAUCAGCCAAACCAUGUCAUUAACUCAAAAUGAUUCAAUUUCUUAUAAUAAUGCUGACCAUGAACAUUCAGCUGAUGAAUCUCAACAAAGCGAUGAUUAUUACAGUGAUACAUCGUUUAUAUCACAAACAAAUUCAAUUGAUUAUCAGACUGAUGAUUCAGAAGUUGAUACUGAUAAUGAAAACGGAAAUUAUAAUAAAUUUAACUUCAAUAAAUCGAUCAUUAAUACAUCAGUAGUUGCUUCGGAAAAUGAUCCUAAUUUUUCAAUACUUCAUGAUCAUAAUUACUCAUUUGGUGUUGUUCAAAUAUGUCAUCUACUAUAUCAACUAUUGUAUGUAGUUAAAGAAAUCAAAAUUGAAGUUAUUUGGAACGUACAAAUAUUUUAUGAAACCGAUUUAAAUGAUUUUAAAACGCCGUUACCACCAAUUAAAUCAAGAGCUCGACCAUCAAUUGGCUUCAGAAAGAACUAUGGAAUGAAACUAAAAUACAAUUCAGACAAGACAUGA